GGCAUUUCAAUAAGCGUUAAUCGAAAAAUGAAGUAGAAAAAUAAAUAUAAGUGCGGCUUUCACUCAGGCUUUGAGCGCGAUGGAUGAGGCUCAGUGAAGCGUACCGGUAGUCAAACUACGAAUGCCUAAGCCAGUAGGCCUACUAAUCACGAAACUUAACGGCAGAACUCUGUAUAAACUAUGCUAUAGCAGCUGAGGCUAUUUCUAGCAUUUGCACAAGUAUUAGGCCUACAUACGGAGGAAAGGAAUAUUUAGUCGCUAGGAAAUUAAUAUAUUUUCCUGGAAUCAGUUUUGAAAUCUUCAUAGUCUUUUCCUGUGCACACAUCACGAUAUCUGUAAAUAUACUUGACAAAUAUUGUACAUGGUAAUGGCGUCCAUUUCCCAACAUCUACUUUUGGUCUGCGUGUAUGCAUCACUUUAUUCUUUUUUGAGCAGCAGCAUCAGUGGAAGCAGUAGCAGUAGCAGUAGCAGUAGCAGUAGCAGUAGCGAUUCUGGGUAUCUAUCAUCUGAUUCAAACUCUAGUAGCAACAAUGAUGAUGGUCCUCUGUGUGGCAAUACUGAAUUUACGUGUGGCACAGAACGUUGCAUUCCUGAUUCGUGGGUAUGUGAUGAUGACAACGAUUGCGGAGAUUAUUCUGAUGAGGCAAAGAUCUUAUGUUCUUCAUUAAUACUGGUCGGUGGUCCAGUAAACAGGAAAGGACGAAUCGAACUACAAGGGCCUGUAUUUGGGACCAUCUGUUCUAAUGGAUGGACUGAAAAUGACGCAGAUCUAGUUUGUAAAAGUUUGGGUUAUGAAGGCGUCGAGGAAUAUUUAGUAUACAGCUUUGGUGCGGGAACAGGAGACAUUUGGUCAAAUGUUAGUGGGUGCAUCGAAGAUGCUUCUAGCCCCAGUUGUAAUCCAGUCAACUCAAACGCAGACCCAUUGUGUACUCACUCUAAAGAUGUUGGCAUCAUAUGUUUACCAGUGCAAACUCGAUUAGUGGGCAAACAGUCACACGAAGGUCUGGUAGAGAUUUUCUAUUUUGGUCAGUGGUCAACAGUAAACGGCUUGCGUCUCAAUGAAGCUCACCUAAUCUGCCGUCAGCUAGGCUAUCCAGCGGCCGAGUUCUCUGACUGUUGCGGAAUUUUAGGAACCACAUAUGAAAUGCCUUCGUACGGGGUAAAUUGUAUAGGUGAUGAACAAGAAUUCUCUGAUUGCAGCAUGUAUACGACGUACAACCUCGACAGUCAAUCGGGAGUCACGUGUGCAAGAGACGGAGUAAGGCUAAGUGAAGGGGAAUCCCAAUCAGACGGACUUCUUGAAAUAUAUACCGACUCAAGAUGGCACAAAGUGUGCACAUCAGAUAUUGACAUGGAGGCCGCCAGGGUUAUUUGCAAGCAACUCAAUUUUGAUGACGUUUUCAAUAUUAGUGACGUCUCUAGCAGCAACAGCACAUCGUCAACUAUCAACAAUAUUGUUUGCUCUGGGUUGGAGAGCAGAUUUGAAGAGUGCAUGUUUAAAAUCAUACCAAAUAAUAUGUGCGAAAGGGAUGUUUAUCUAUUAUGUGAAACAAGUGGAUCGAGAUUUAUUGAUGGAAAUUCCAAAAAUUCAGGUUUUGCCCAAACAUAUUUUAACAACAAAUGGACGUACAUGUGCGACACUACAGAAGAUGUACUUCAAUUUGUCUGCUUGCAACAGCAAUCAUCUGGAAUACAUUUAAUUCGACAAGACAGUCGAAAUGAUAUUUAUCCAUGCAUUGAUUGUAGUAUACAACACGGCUCACUUCAAUGUAAUUUCAGUGAACGAGGAUUUUAUUCGAUAGGCCUAUAUUACUUUAUUGAAUGUUCAACAGAUACUAUAAGAAUUCAAGAAGGAGGUCACCAGGGAUUGGUUGAAAUCUUCAAAAACAAUAGCUGGAUUUCUGUUUGUCAGGAUCAUUGGAAUUUGCAAGCCGCUGAGAUUGCUUGCAGAGAACUACAUUUUCUUGGCGUCAGUGAAAGUCUGACACAGCCUGAUCCUAAUGAUAUCAGGACUCCUGGUUCCGCCGUGGUUCGAUGUGAUGGAAGUGAAUCCAGUCUGCUACACUGCAAAUUUGAGCACAAUGUGCAGUGUAGCACCCGUGCUGUUCAACUUACAUGUUUAGAUGUUGGAAUACGUUUUGAGGGAUCAAUAGUGGACUACGCCGGCCGUGUAGAAAUUUACAAAAGAAAUGAAUGGGGGACAGUUUGCGAUGACGCUUGGGACACUGCUGAUGCCAAUGUUGCUUGUCAUAUGGCAGGCUACACUGGGGCUGUCGCAUCCUAUCGAGAAGCUGCUUUUGGUGAAGGUGUUGGUUCAAUUAUAGCCAAUGAAUUUUAUUGCAAGGGAGAAGAAAAUAGUUUAUUUGACUGUCCCUAUAAUGUGCCCAAUAACGGCUUCUGUUCCCAUCAGGAGGAUGCCGGCGUUGUUUGCUCUUCAGAUAUCAUUCGACUUUCCGAUGGUAGUGAAUCGGCAGGUCGUGUGGAAGUGUUCAUAAACGGACAAUGGGGAACAGUUUGUGAUGACAACUGGGACUUAGAAGAUGCCUCAGUUGCCUGUCGUCAACUUGGCUUUGAUGGUGCGAGUGCUGUCUACGACAAUGGCAGAUUCGGUGCUGGUGAGGGACUACCGAUACAUCUGGAUGAGGUUCAGUGUACUGGUGAAGAAACUGAACUUUUACAAUGUCCUAGUAUACGGACUCACGACUGCCAACAUUCUGAAGAUGCAGGAGUAUCUUGCUUUUCUGAUUUACUUGUUACACCCGGAUGGCUUGAAUCAUUUAACACUGUCCAAACGGAAGGUUGCUAUGACAACUGGUACCGAGACAGUCAAUUCUGUCUAGCUGUCAUACGGUUACCUGAAAGCAAUAAUAACUUGACUGAUAUCAGCCCAUGUCCUCAUAAAUCAACAUUUCUCAGAAUGGAAACUUCCUUGGAAAUGAUUUUGGAAUAUUUAAGGAUACUUUAUUAUUAUGAAAUAAACGCCCCCAAUGUUUUUCUGUGGGAAAGCGAAUCUGAGUGUACGUUCUUAAGUCGCAAUAAUGACACAUUUAUUUGGAGAUUAACGAAGGCAUCAUGUAUUAAUUUAAAUGUCAGUGCAUAUGUUUGCAGAAUGGAUAUUCAAGAGCAAUCUCAUUCUUGCUCAAUUAACCAGUUUAAAUGUUUAUCUGGAACUUGUAUACUGAAAUCCUUACUCUGCGAUGGUAACUAUGAUUGCCCCGACAAAAGCGAUGAAGAAGAACAGUGUAUCCAAGAGUGUUUCAAAAUGAAAGAUGGUUCAGAUUAUCGAGGAACACAAGAUACUGCUGAAGAUGGAACACAUUGUCUGCCAUGGACAAGCCCAUAUAAAGGCAUCGAUAGUAUAUAUCCAGCAAAUUUUAUAGCGAAAGGCAUCGGAGACCAUAAUUAUUGUCGAAAUCCAGAUGGGGAGUCCCGGCCAUGGUGUUAUUCAAGUGACUUUUACGAUGUUAUAGACUGUGCAAUUCAACAAUGCU